AUGACAAGCAGAAAUAAGUUUACUAUGCCUACACCGCGAAGUGCGACAUCUCAUCGCGUUGUAACUUUCAGUGACACACUGGACCACAAGGAAGGAGCGCAUGUGUCUCUAAGUGCCGAGGAGAUGGCGCUUGUGGAUGAGAUUCAACGUCGCGGACGCGAAAAUGCAUCCACCGGUGUUCGAACAGGAAAAAUUAGCGUGUCAGAGUUGAUGGGAUUGGGCAACAAAAAUUUCGACAAGAAAAAGCGGAAGAAGGAUCAGGGAGAUUCAUCUGCGAGUAAUGAUGGAAAUAGUAGCCUUCAUCUUGGCACGCCGAUAGCGGAAGUACCAGGUCAUCAUGGAUUUUCAGUAGAUCCUGCCACUUUACUAGAUGUCGCUGGUUGGAAGAUUCCUCCACUACCACCUGGACUUGUCUCUAUAACUCAUGAAGCUGAUCGCCAUCCUUAUCCGUCUGCGCUUCCUACUUGUAUUUUCGAAAAAGCGAUGAAAGCAGCAGCGAUCGUUCACGCAGGUACACAACUGCCUCCCAUUUCUUCGACACGUACCGCUGCCGGAGGCGCAACAUCGUAUGGUAAUAGUGUUCAGAUUCCACCUGUGGAUCUGAUCAGACUUCUGCCGCCACUUUCUCCGAUGUUUCCAUUGGUUUCAAGCGGCAUGCAACGACCAACCACACCUGCACCAUCAGCAACACAGGGUGUUAUUUCUCACGGUUUUGCUGCACCAAGGCAAGGUAAGCUAGUUUCAUUAUUAUUUGACCUCUAUGUUGGCUGUACUAAUUAUUGGAGUAGUAAUUGGCCAGCCAUAGCUCAGUUGGUAGAGCGGAGGACUGUAGAGUGUGAGCUGAUAUCCUUAGGCAACAAAAAUGCAAAUUUCGGAGGAGUUGGAAAUCGUCAAUAUGUUGGCAAUAUUCAUAGAUCACAAGGUUAUGGCUCACAAGUAAAUGGCUGCAAUCAACAGCGAAUUAAUCAGCAGAAUCAAAAAACUAGGAAGCCCUUUUUUAUGCCUUAUAUGAAUGUAGAAGCUGUAAAUCGUGGCAUUGCGAAUGGGGAUCUUAUCAAAGGUGUUUUACGUGUCAACCACCGGAACUAUGAAGAGUCUUUUGUCGACGAUUCUAUGGGUGAUGAUCAGCAGGAUAUCUUAAUACUUGGCGUGCACGAUCGCAAUCGUGCACUUCACGGUGAUGUUGUCAUUGUUCGCAUUAAAGACAGAAAUUGCUGGGUGGUUCGUGAUGCAUUGUAUGAGGCAUGGCGUGGUGGACAUUUAAAGGCUGUUGUUGAUGAUAACGGUAAACCAUUGACAAUUCCUCCAGUAAAGCGUUCUGAAUCUGAAGUUGAUCCAACUCCAGCUGAGCUUCUUGAUUUGCCUACAUGUGUUGAUAAGUGCGUUUCAAUCAAAGAAAUGAAGGAGAGUGUGCCUUUGACGACAAAUCGACAAUAUAGCAGGGAACAAAUGUUAUGCAUCGCCGCUAAACUCGAACUAAAACGUCGUAAACGAGUUGGUAUAGAUUAUGAUGACGACAUAGAUCCAGCUAUUCUCAGCGUUAUAUCCAGACUCGCUAUUUUAAGAAGAGCAGAUUCACCGACAAUUUCGGCGUAUGGUAUUUCUAUUUCAAAUCCUGGAGUUGGUUCAGCUGCUUCUCGUAGAAAUGCAGUUGGCAAUAGUAGUUCUGUACAGCGUCGAUCCAAUUAUCGAAUUUUAUCAGAUAUGCCCGAUGAGGACUGGGGAAUCCCUGACAUGUGCCUUCAGAAAACUGCUGAGGUAGUAUUUAUAAGUGAACAAAAAAAUUGUCGAGCUGCAGUGGGAAUGUUGAAAAUGAUGGCUGAUGGAAAUCGAAAUUGGGCACUUUUUUCACCUGGUGAUUCUCGAAUGCCGCGAAUGAUGAUACCAGCAGAGCAAACACCUCCUUCUUUCUUUGACCGUCCUCAAGAUUUUGCGAAAUAUAUUUAUGUUGCAAGGAUGGUAGAAUGGCAGGCAACAGCACAAUUUGCUAGAGGGAAGUUGUACAAAAGUCUCGGUUUGGCAGGUGACAUAGAAGCUGAAACAGAAGGUCUUUUGCUGGCAAAUGAUGUUGAUACCAGAGAGUUUUCAGCAGCUGCACUUUCAUCAUUACCAAUCACUGAAGCUGUAGAAUGGAAAAUUGAUGAAGUUAAAGAGUUCAAGUAUCGGAAAGAUUUUCGAGAUGAAACCGUGUUUACAAUCGACCCCGUUGAAGCUCGUGAUCUUGAUGAUGCUCUCCACAUAAAGUCAGUUUCAGAUUGCGAUGGAGCGGGCAAUCCAGGAUGGGAGGUUGGUGUGCAUAUAGCUGACGUUUCUCAUUUCGUACAAUCAGGCACGGAACUUGAUCAUUGGGCUUUCAGUCGUGGAACAUCAGUUUAUCUUGUUCAUAAAGUUAUACCGAUGCUACCUAAAAUUCUUUGUGAGGAACUUUGUUCAUUGAUUCCUAAUGUUGAUCGACUAACGUUUUCGGUGGUUUGGAAGAUUAAUGAGCGAGGAGAAAUUUUCGAUGAAUGGUUUGGACGUGGAAUUAUACGGUCGUGCUGCAAACUAACAUAUGAACACGCGCAGGAUUUUAUCGAGCAUCCAGAGAAAAGUUUUUCUUCAUCUGAAUUGCCAGAAAUUUUCAAUAGCAAAACAUCGGAUGAAGUGAAAGAAGCAGUUUUACAUCUUCACAAGGUUGCAAUUUCGUUAAGCAAAAAGCGCUCUGAAAACGGUUCACUUGGUAUAAAUCUCCCAAAACUCAAAUUCACUCUCAACGAAAUAUCAGGCAUGCCAUGUGACCUGUCUCUCUAUGAACGUAAAGAAUCUGAUACCUUGGUAGAAGAGUUUAUGCUAUUGGCAAAUAUGGCUGUCGCAAGGAAAAUUGAAUCUUCGUUUCCAAAGACAGCACUUUUACGUAGACAUGCGCCUCCAAAAAUGAAAAUGCUGCGAGAUAUUUUGGAAAAAUGUGAAAAAAUAGGAUUCGAAAUUGAUGGCUCUUCAUGUUCAGCGCUUUCUCGUAGUUUACGAAAAUAUGAUGGGAAAAGCGAAAUGAAUCGAACAUGCGUUCAGAUGAUCUCACACUUGCUGAUGAAGUCAAUGCAACUGGCUAUGUACUUCUGCGUCGGUUCUAUGAAAACUCGUGCUGAAUAUUCACAUUACGCUCUGUCAGUGCCAUUUUAUACACACUUUACAUCCCCAAUUCGACGAUACCCAGACAUUUUGGUCCAUCGGUUUUUGUCAGCAGCUCUCGGUUAUUCGCCGGCUCCUGGGUUAACGGUGAAAGAGGUUGAAAGUAUUGCAAACCACUGUAACUGUAGAAAACAAACUGCAAGGACAGUUUCAGAAGCGAGUGAUGACAUGUUCUUCGGAGUCUUUAUUAGGGAAUGUGGACCGCUUACGGAAUGCGCUGUAGUAUUGCAAGUUUCGGAUGCUUCAUUCGACGUACUUAUCAUAAAAUAUGGUGUUUUAAAGCGUGUCUAUACUAAUCGUCUUCGAAUGGCUCGUGAGCCACGAUAUAUUGAAGGAGCAUGUCCAUCAUUGAUUCUCUACUGGGACUCUUCCUGUGAUGGUUCAAACUCUACGAUUGAGCAAGUUAUUUCAAUGUGUACUAUUGUGGAAGCAGUACUGAAACAGCCAGUUAAUGGUGUAAAAUGUUCAUCCUUAUCACAAAUCAUUGCUUUGGCAAAUGAAGGAUAA